CCUCCCAGUCUCCCAGUCUGAGAGGUGCAGAGGGGAGGAGAGCAUCACUCUGUCAGUCGCACUCCUCUGACUCGCUGCGUGGCCGUGCGGGCAGAAGAACAGAAGACAGCCGGACGGAUACUGCAGCAGACAGCAGAUCUCUGUUUCCCAUCCGCCGACCUGCAGCCUCUUAGGAGGGCAAGCUCGAUGCUCGUUCUUUCUGGCGGACUACCCAUGCAUCCGAGGAGCCCCUAGCCGCCCGGGCUGGACAAGCCUCGGCGUUCGCCUGGAGAACCGGCCGUCCUCCGCCUCGGAUCCGUACUCAUAACUUGGCUCAUUGCGCGCCUGGGAAAGCCAGCAUCAUCAUCCUCCUCUUCAUCAACACACAGAGCCCCGAUAACCUGUGCGACAGCCGGGGGGCUUACGGUACCCGGGCUGAAGGUACUUGGGCUGAGGCACCCGGGGACGGUUCAUGUGUCAGACCCCGUCUCUCUGAAAACAGGUUAAAAUGUUGCGCACUACCGCCAACACGCUGGCGGCCGGGCUGCUGCUCCUGGGGCUCCUGGACAGCCUGGAGGUGAUCCUUCCCACCCGGGCGAUAGACGCCCCGAAGACCUGCAGCUCCAAGCAGUUUGUGUGCCGCGACCAGGUGACCUGCAUCUCCAAGGGCUGGCGCUGCGACGGGGAGAAGGACUGCCCCGACGGCUCGGACGAGGAGCCCGACGUCUGUCCUCACAUCCGGGCGUCCCAGUGCCCCCCCAACGAGUACCAGUGCGGGGGGACGGAGCUCUGCAUCCACAUGAGCCGGCUCUGCAACGGGGUCCCGGACUGCACCGACGGCUGGGACGAGGGCCCCCACUGCAGAGAGUACGCCUCUAACUGCACCCAGUCUUCCUGUCAGGACGGCUGUGCAGUGACGCCCUCCGGGGGGGCCUGCUACUGUCACAGCGGCUACCAGAUCAACCAGGACGGGACCACCUGCAGAGACUUCGAUGAGUGCGGUGUGUACGGGACCUGCAGCCAGUCCUGUACCAACACCAACGGGUCGUACGCCUGCUCCUGCGUGGAGGGCUACCUCCCCCAGCCCGACAACCGCUCCUGCAAGGCCAAGAACGUGCCCGUGGACCGCCUGCCCGUCCUGUUGAUCGCCAACUCCCAGAACAUCCAGGCCACCUCGCUGAGCGGCAUCACCGUCCACAGCCUGCUGUCCGCCAGCACCAAGCAGACCACCGCCAUGGACUUCCUGUACGCGCAGGAAACGGUCUGCUGGAUCCACGUGGGCGAGGCCCCGGCCCCGACGCACCUGCUGUGCGCCAAGAUCACCAACCUGAAGAGCUUCACCGAGGAGAGGGUGAUCAACGUCUCCCUGAGCCUACAGCACAACGACUGCGGGGACAACAGUGACGAGGCGGGCUGCAGCCACUCCUGUUCCAGCGCUCAGUUCAAGUGCAACAGCGGUCGCUGCAUCCCGGACUACUGGACCUGUGACGGAGACAACGACUGCGGAGACUACAGCGACGAGACGCACGCCAACUGCACCAAUCAGGCCACUCGCCCGCCCGGGGGCUGCCACACGGAUGAGUUCCAGUGUCGUCAUGACGGCCUGUGCAUCCCACUGCGCUGGCACUGCGACGGAGACACGGACUGCAUGGACCUGAGCGAUGAGAAGCACUGCGAGGGCGUGACCCACAUGUGCGACCCGGCCGUCAAGUUCGGCUGCAAGGACUCAGCUCGCUGCAUCAGCAAGGCCUGGGUGUGCGACGGCGACAGCGACUGCGAGGACAACUCCGACGAGGAGAACUGCGAGGCGCUGGUGUGCAAGCUGUCGCACCACGUGUGCGCCAACGACUCCACCAUCUGCCUGCCCUCGGAGAAGCUCUGCGACGGGACGGACGACUGCCCCGAUGGCUCGGACGAGAAGCUCUGUGACUUGUGUUCCCUGGACAACGGCGACUGCAGCCACAACUGCAGCGUGUCCCCCGGGGAGGGCGUGGUCUGCACCUGCCCCCUGGGUAUGGAGCUGGGCGCCGACAACAAGACCUGUCAGAUCCAAAGCUUCUGCGCCAAACACCUCAAGUGCAGCCAGCGCUGCGAGCAGGACAAGUUCAGCGUCAAGUGCUCCUGCUACGAGGACUGGGAGCUGGAGCCCGACAUGGAGAACUGCAAGAGCACAGAUCCUUUCAAACCCUUCAUCAUCUUCUCGAACCGCCACGAGAUCCGCCGCAUCGACCUGAACAAGGGAGAGUUCAGCGUGCUGGUGCCGGGCCUCAGGAACACCAUCGCCCUGGACUUCCACCUCGCCCAGAACUCCCUCUACUGGACCGACGUGGUGGAGGACAAGAUCUACCGCGGGAAGCUCUCGGAGAACGGAGCCCUGACCAGCUUCGACGUGGUGAUCCAGUACGGCCUGGCCACGCCCGAGGGGCUGGCGGUGGACUGGAUCGCCGGGAACAUCUACUGGGUGGAGAGCAACCUGGACCAGAUCGAGGUGGCCAAGCUGGACGGCACCAUGAGGACCACCCUGCUGGCCGGGGAGGUGGAGCACCCACGGGCCAUCGCCCUGGACCCCCGCGACGGGAUCCUGUUCUGGACGGACUGGGACGCCAGCCAGCCCCGCAUCGAGGCGGCCUCCAUGAGCGGAGAGGGCCGGAAGACCAUCCACAAGGAGAGGGGCAGCGGGGGCUGGCCCAACGGGCUCACCGUGGACUACCUGGAGAGACGCAUCCUCUGGAUAGACGCCAGGUCGGACGCCAUCUACUCGGCGCGGUACGACGGCUCGGGUCUGAUCGAGGUGCUGCGGGGUCAUGAGUACCUGUCGCACCCCUUCGCCGUCACCAUGUACGGGGGGGAGGUGUACUGGACCGACUGGAGGACCAACACGCUGGCCAAGGCCAACAAGUGGACGGGGGGCAACGUGACGGUGGUGCAGAGGACCAACACCCAGCCCUUUGACCUGCAGGUGUACCACCCCUCCAGACAGCCCCAGGCUCCUAACCCGUGUGCGGCCAACGAGGGUCUGGGCCCGUGCUCACACCUCUGUCUCAUCAACUACAACCAGACCUUCUCCUGCGCCUGCCCCCACCUCAUGAAGCUGGGGGAGGACCGCCACACCUGCUAUGAGUGGCGUCAGUUCCUGCUGUACGCGCGUCAGAUAGAGAUCCGCGGCGUGGACAUCGACAACCCGUACUACAACUACAUCAUCUCCUUCACGGUGCCCGACAUCGACAACGUGACGGUGGUGGACUACGACGCCCUGGAGCGACGCAUCUACUGGUCCGACGUCCGCACACAGACCAUCAAGAGGGCCUUCAUCAACGGCACGGGCGUGGAGACGGUGGUGUCAGCGGACCUGCCCAACGCCCACGGGCUGGCGGUGGACUGGGUGUCCCGGAACCUGUUCUGGACCAGCUACGACGCCAACAAGAAGCAGAUCAACGUGGCUCGGCUGGAUGGCUCCUUCAAGAACGCCGUCAUCCAGGGCCUGGACCGGCCCCACUGCCUGGUGCUGCACCCCACCCUGGGUAAGCUGUACUGGACCGACGGCGACAACAUCAGCAUGGCGAACACCGACGGCAGCAACCGCAGCGUCCUGUUCACCAAUCAGAAAGGCCCGGUCGGUCUGUCGAUCGACUUCGGCGCGGAGCGGCUGUACUGGAUCAGCUCGGGGAACAGCAGCAUCAGCCGCUGCAGGAUGGACGGCAGCGGCCUGGAGGUCCUGGAGGGAGCCCAGGGCCGCUUGACGAAGGGCACAGCCCUGGCCAUCAUGGGCGAGACCCUGUGGUGGGCGGACCAGGGCACGGACCAGAUGGGGACCUGCGACAAGGCUGACGGGGGCCACUGGAGGGUCCUGAGGAACAGCACCUCCCCCAUGAUGCACAUGAAGGUCUACAACGAGACGGUGCAGACAGGCACCAAUCGGUGCAGCAUCAACAACGGCGACUGCUCCCAGCUGUGUCUUCCCACGUCCGCCGUCUCCCGCGCCUGCAUGUGCACGGCGGGGUACAGCCUGCGGAGCGGCCAGCAGUCCUGCGAGGGGGUGGGCUCCUUCCUGCUGUACUCGGUCCACGAGGGGAUCCGUGGCAUCCCCCUGGACCCCUUGGACAAGUCGGACGCCCUGGUGCCGGUGUCGGGCACCUCGCUCGCCGUGGGCAUCGACUUCCACGCCGACAACGACACCAUCUACUGGGUGGACAUGGGCCUCAGCACCAUCAGCCGCGCCAAGAGGGACCAGACCUGGAGGGAGGACGUGGUCACCAACGGCAUCGGCCGCGUGGAGGGCAUCGCCGUGGACUGGAUCGCAGGGAACAUCUACUGGACGGACCAGGGCUUCGACGUGAUCGAGGUGGCCCGGCUCAAUGGCUCCUUCCGCUACGUGGUCAUCUCCCAGGGCCUGGACAAGCCGCGCGCCAUCACCGUGCACCCGGAGAAAGGCUACCUGUUCUGGACGGAGUGGGGUCAGUACCCCCGUAUCGAGCGGUCCCGUCUGGACGGGACAGAGAGGGCCGUGCUGGUCAACGUGAGCAUCAGCUGGCCCAACGGCAUCUCCAUCGACUACCAGGAGGGCCUGCUGUACUGGUGUGACGCCCGGACAGAUAAGAUCGAGCGCAUCAACCUGGAGACCGGGGAGAACCGGGAGGUGGUGCUGGCCAACAACAACAUGGACAUGUUCUCUGUGUCCGUGUUCCAGAACUACAUCUACUGGAGCGACCGAACACACGCAAACGGCUCGAUAAAGAGAGGGAAUAAGGACAACGCCACAGAGUCCAUGUCUCUGCGGACGGGCAUCGGCGUGCAGCUCAAGGACAUCAAGGUGUUCAACCGCGCCCGGCAGCAAGGGACCAACAUCUGCAAGGACAACAACGGCGGCUGCCAGCAGCUCUGCCUGUUCGCGGGCAACGGCCGGCGGACGUGCGCCUGCGCCCACGGCAUGCUGGCGGAGGACGGCCAGCGUUGCCGCGACUACGACGGCUACCUGCUGUACUCGGAGCGCACCAUCCUGAAGAGCGUGCACCUGUCGGACGAGAACAACCUCAACGCGCCCAUCAAGCCCUUCGAGGACCCCGAGCACAUGAAGAACGUCAUCGCGCUCACCUUCGACUUCCGGGGCGGCGGCGGCAAGGGCGCCAACCGCGUCUUCUUCAGCGACAUCCACUUCGGGAACAUCCAGCAGAUGAACGACGACGGCUCAGACCGCAAGACGGUGGUGGAGAACGUGGGUUCAGUGGAGGGCCUUGCGUACCACCGGGGCUGGGACAUGCUGUACUGGACCAGCUACACCACCUCCACCAUCACCCGCCACACCGUGGACCAGGCCCGCUGGGGCGCGGCCAACCGCCACACCGUGGUGUCCAUGUCCGGGGACGACCACCCGAGGGCCUUCGUCCUGGACGAGUGUCAGAGCCUGAUGUUCUGGACCAACUGGAACGAGCUGUCCCCCAGCAUCAUGCGGGCCACGCUGGCGGGGGCCAACGUCCUGGUGAUCAUCGGCAGCGACAUCCGGACGCCCAACGGGCUCGCCAUCGACCACCGCGCCGAGAAGCUCUACUUCUCCGACGCCACGCUGGACAAGAUCGAGCGCUGCGAGUACGACGGCAGCCGGCGCUACGUGGUUCUGAAGAACGAGCCGGUGCACCCCUUCGGCCUGGCCGUGUACGGGGACUACAUCUUCUGGACGGACUGGGUGAGGCGGGCCGUGCUCCGGGCCGACAAGUACACCGGAGGAGACAUGAAGGUGCUGCGGGCCGACAUCCCCCAGCAGCCCAUGGGGAUAGUGGCGGUGGCCAACGACACCAACAGCUGUGAGUUCUCGUUGUGUCGUGUGAACAACGGCGGCUGCCAGGACCUGUGUCUGCUGACGUCGGAGGGCCGGAUCAACUGCAGUUGCCGUGGCGACAGGAAACUUAUGGAGGACAAUACCUGCAUCACGCUCAACACCACCUGUAACCGCAUCGACGACUUUGAGUGCGGCAACGGGGACUGUGUGAACUACACGCAGACCUGCGACGGCAUGGUGCACUGCAAGGACAAGUCUGACGAGAAGCUCUUCUACUGCGCGAACCGCGCGUGUAAGAAAGGGUACAGGAAGUGCACCAACGGUCGCUGCGUGGGACACACCAACUGGUGCAACGGCCGCAACGACUGCGGAGACAACUCGGACGAGGCCUUCUGCAACGCCACGCUGUGUUCGGUGGAGCAGUUCCAGUGUCGUGACGGCGGCUGCAUCUCCAACUCCAGCACGUGCAACCAGAAGGCGGACUGUGACGACGCCAGCGACGAGAUGAACUGCUCGGCCACCGACUGCUCCAGCUACUUCCGGUUGGGCGUGAAGGGGAUGAGCUUCCAGAAGUGUGAGUUCACCACGCUGUGCUACGCCCCGACCUGGCAGUGCGACGGCGCCAACGACUGCGGAGACUUCUCAGACGAACGCAACUGCCCAGACAGCAGGAAGGCCAAGUGCCCGGCUACCUUCUUCUUCUGCCCCAGCGGCCGCUGCAUCCCCACCAGCUGGACCUGCGACAAGGACAACGACUGUGAGAACGGGGAGGACGAGCUCCACUGCGAUAAGUCGUGCUCGGCCUCCCAGUUUGACUGUGGGAACCACCGCUGCAUCCCCCAGCGCUGGGUGUGUGACGGAGCGGACGACUGCGGCGACGGCAGCGAUGAGGACAGCAAGUGCAAGAGCAAGACCUGCGGGCCCGAGUCCUUCCAGUGCCCCGGCUCCCACGUUUGCAUCCCACAGCACUGGAAGUGUGACGGGGAACCGGACUGCUCCGACAGCGGGGACGAGAGUGUCAAGGCCGGCUGUGUGUUCAACAACACGUGCAGCAGCAGCAGUGAGUUCAUGUGUCAGAACCGCCAGUGCAUCCCCAAGCACUACGUGUGUGACCACGACACCGACUGCAGCGACGGGUCGGACGAGUCCAUGGAGUGCGAGUACCCGACCUGCCGGCCCAGUGAGUUCCGCUGUGCCAACGGCCGCUGCCUGGUGCAGAGCUCCUGGGAGUGCGACGGGGACUUCGACUGUCACGACCGCUCCGACGAGGCCCCCAAGAACCCCCGCUGCAACGGCCCCGAGAAGAAGUGUAACGACACGGCGUACCCGUGCGCUAACGGCGUGUGCGUGGCGGAGGCGGUGCUCUGCGACCACAAGGACGACUGCGGCGACGGCUCAGACGAGCUCAACUGCUUCAUCGACGAGUGUGUGAACAGCCGUCUGAGCGGCUGCUCCCAGCUCUGCCACGACCUCAAGAUAGGCUUCAAGUGCAGGUGCCUCCCCGGCUUCCGACUGAAGGACGACGGCAAGACGUGCGCGGACGUGGACGAGUGCUCCACCACCUACCCCUGCACCCAGCGCUGCAUCAACACCCACGGCAGCUUCCACUGCCUCUGCGUGGACGGCUUCCAGCUCAGCCCCGAGGACCCCACCAUCUGCAAGUCCACCUCGGAGGAGGAGCCCUUCCUGAUCUUCGCCAACCGCUACUACCUGAGGAAGCUGAACCUGGAUGGCUCCAACUACACCCUGAUCAAACAGGGCCUGAACAACGCCGUGGCGCUGGACUUUGACUACCGCCAGCAGAUGAUCUAUUGGACGGACGUCACCACGCAGAGCAGCAUGAUCCGCCGCAUGCACAUCAACGGCAGCGACGUGCAGGUCCUCCACCGCACCUCGCUCAGCAACCCCGACGGGCUGGCCGUGGACUGGGUGGCCGGGAACCUGUACUGGUGCGACAAGGGCCGGGACACCAUCGAGGUGUCCAAGCUGAACGGGGCCUACCGCACCGUGCUGCUCAACAGCGGGCUGCGGGAGCCCCGCGCCAUCGCCGUGGACGUCCGCUACGGGUACCUGUACUGGUCCGACUGGGGGGAGAACCCCCACAUCGGGCGGGUGGGCAUGGACGGCACCAACCGCAGCGUGGUCGUGGAGGACCGCAUCACCUGGCCCAACGGCCUGACGCUGGACCUCAUCAACGACCGCAUCUACUGGGCCGACGCCCGCGAGGACUACAUCCAGUUCGCCAGCAUGGACGGCUCCAACCGACACACGGUUCUGACCCAGGACAUCCCGCACAUCUUUGCCAUGACCCUGUUUGAGGAGUUCAUCUACUGGACGGACUGGGAGACCAAGUCCAUCAACCGAGCCCACACAACCCAGGGCACCAACAAGACCAUGCUGAUCAGCACCCUGCAUCGGCCCAUGGACGUCCACAUCUACCACCCCUACCGCCAGCCCCAAGUGGAUAACCACCCGUGUCAGAGCGAUAACGGCGGCUGCAGUAACCUGUGUCUGCUGUCCCCGGGCGGCGGCUACAAGUGCGCCUGCCCCACCAACUUCUACCUGGCGGCCGACGGAAGGCACUGCAUGUCCAACUGCACCGCCAGUCAGUUUGUCUGCAAGAACGACAAGUGCAUCCCGUUCUGGUGGAAGUGCGACACGGAGGACGACUGCGGCGACCGCUCAGACGAGCCCGCAGACUGCCCGGAGUUCAAGUGCAGACCGGGACAGUUCCAGUGUGGGACGGACAUCUGCACCAACCCAGCCUACAUCUGUGACGGAGACAACGACUGCCGGGACAACUCUGACGAGGCCAACUGCGACAUCCACGUGUGUCUGCCCAGCCAGUUCAAAUGCACGCACCCCAGCCGCUGCAUCCCCGGGAUCUUCCGCUGCAACGGCCAGGACAACUGUGGGGAAGGGGAGGACGAGAAGGACUGCCCCGAGGUGACCUGCGCCCCCAACCAGUUCCAGUGCUCCAUCACCAAGCGCUGUAUCCCCCGCGUCUGGGUCUGCGACCGCGACAACGACUGCGUGGACGGCUCCGACGAGCCCGCCAACUGCACCCAGAUGUCAUGCGGUGUGGACGAGUUCCGCUGUAAGGACUCCGGUCGCUGCAUCCCGGCACGCUGGAAGUGUGACGGAGAGGACGACUGUGGAGACGCCUCGGACGAACCCAAAGAGGAGUGCGCCGAGAGGACCUGCGAGCCGUACCAGUUCCGCUGCAAGAACAACCGCUGUGUGCCGGGCCGCUGGAAGUGUGACUACGACAACGACUGCGGCGACAACUCCGACGAGGAGCAGUGUGUGCCACGGCCGUGCUCGGAGAGCGAGUUCUCCUGCAGCAACGGCCGCUGCAUCGCCGGCCGCUGGAAGUGCGACGGCGACCACGACUGCGCCGACGGCUCGGACGAGCACAACUGUGUGGUGCGGUGCGACAGCGACCAGUUCCAGUGCCGGAGCGGCCACUGCAUCCCCAUACGCUGGCGCUGCGACACCGACCCCGACUGCAUGGACUCCAGCGACGAGCAGAAAUGCGACAACAGCGCGGGCCGCCGCUGCCCCCUGGAGGAGUUCCAGUGUAACAACACCCUGUGCAAGCCGCUGAGCUGGCGCUGCGACGGAGAGGACGACUGCGGGGACAACUCUGACGAGAACCCCGAGGAGUGUGCUAAAUUCCAGUGCCCACCCAUGCGGCAGCUGCGUUGCCAUAACGACCGCGUGUGCCUGCCGAUGGAGAAGCGAUGCGACGGCGUCAACAACUGCGGCGACAACAGCGACGAGCUGAAAUGCCGCACGGUCCCGGCCACGCUCCGGUGCCAGAAGGACGAGUUCCGGUGCGAUAACGGUCGCUGCAUCAGCUCCACGCUGCGAUGCAACUACUUCAACGACUGUGAGGACUACGGCUCUGACGAGGUCUCCUGCAACAAGUUCGACACGGCUCUGAACGACUGCCACAGCAACCGGACCGUGUGUGGCGACGGCGACGAGGCCCACUGCGUGGUCAACGCCACCGACUCCUACUGCUCCUGCAAGCCCGGCUUCCAGUCCUCCGGGCGCAACAGAUGCCAAGAUAAGAACGAGUGUGCGCAGUUCGGAGUGUGUUCUCACAUCUGCAACAACACCAAGGGCUCGUACAAGUGCAGCUGCCAAAAGCACUUCUCCAGGAUCAACGAGACCUGCAAGGCCGAUGCUCCGAGACAGGUGCUCUACAUCGGCAACGACAACGAGAUCCGCAGUCUGGACCCGGGGAUGCCCAUCUGGCGCUACGAGCUUGCCUUCGAGGGCGACGCCAACGUCCGCAUCGACGCCAUGGACGUGUUCGUGAAAACCAACCGCAUCUACUGGACCAACUGGCACACGGGCCGCAUCUCCUCCUACGACCUGCCCUCGCUCUCCUCGCCCAACAACAACCGCCAGGGAGACGCCCGGGUCAGCAGUCUGGAGAUCCCGGACCUGCAGAUGCCGCGGGGCAUCGCCGUGGACUGGGUGGCGGGGAACCUGUACUGGACGGACUCGGGCCGGGACGUCAUCGAGGUGGCUCAGAUCGGCGGGGGGCGCCACCGCAAGACCCUCAUCUCGGGCAUGAUCGACGAGCCCUACGCCAUCGUGGUGGACCCGCCCCGGGGGAAGAUGUACUGGGCGGACUGGGGAAACCACCCCAAGAUCGAGACGGCUGGCAUGGACGGCACCAUGAGGGAGACUUUAGUGGAACACAUCAUCCAGUGGCCCACGGGUCUGGCGGUCGACUACUUCAACGAGCGCCUCUACUGGGCCGACGCCAAACUGUCCAUCAUCGGCAGCGUGCGGCUGAACGGCAGCGACCCCGUGGUCGCCGUGUCGGGCAUCAAGAACCAUCUCUACCACCCGUUCAGCAUCGACGUCUUCGAGGACUACAUCUACGGCGUCACCUCCUUCAACAACCACGUGUUCCGGGUCAACAAGUUUGGGCGUGGCGCGGUGGAGAACCUGACCACGGGCAUCAACCACGCCACCGACCUGGUGCUGUUCCACCGCUACAAGCAGCCUGACCUCCCCAACCCCUGCGACAGGAAGAAGUGUGAGUGGCUGUGCCUGCUGAGCCCGAGCGGGCCGGUUUGCGUCUGCCCCAACGGACGCACGCUGGACAACGGCACCUGUGUGGAGCUGCCCCCGCCCACCCUGUCCCCACUGGCGCCCCCCAGUGGCCCGUGUGCGGUGCAGUGUCUGCACGGCGGCAGCUGCUUCCUGAACGCCCGCCGGCAGCCCAAGUGCCACUGCCAGCCCAACUACGGCGGCGAGCGCUGCGAGGUGGACCAGUGCCGGGACUACUGCCUCAACGGGGGCACCUGCGCCCCGUCCCCCUCAGGCUCCCCCACCUGCCGCUGCCUGAAGGGCCACACGGGGCCCCGCUGCGACCUGCACACCUGCCAGAACUACUGCCAGAACCGGGGCAACUGCACCGUCACCCCCGGCAACCAGCCCACCUGCCUGUGCCCCCCCGGCGUCCUCGGGGACCAGUGCCAGUACACUGCGUGCGAGGGCCGCUGUCUGAACGGGGGCCAGUGCCUCCAGGGGCCCGACGGGGCCCAGCAGUGCCGCUGCCCCCCCCAGUACCUGGGCAGCACCUGCCAGGUGGACCGCUGCCACUACUGCCGGGACGGGAAGUGCACCCCCACCAACACGCUGCACCCCACCGGGGAGGUCACCUGCCUCUGUCCCAACGGCCGGGUCCAGCCCAGCUGCUACACCUGCGACACCAACGAGUACUGCGCCAACGGCCAGUGCUCCCUCCACCCGCUGACCCGCCUCCCGGAGUGCAGAUGUGCUCCGGGCUGGACCGGCCAGCGCUGUGAGACGGUCGCCACCGCGGACAGCAGCUCGGGAACUGGUGCGCGCACCGCCUCUAUCGUGGUCCCCGUGGUGCUGCUGCUGCUGCUGGUUCUGUUGGCUGCAGGAGCCCUGUUCUGGUACCGGAGGAGAAUGAGAGGGGCCAAGGGCUUCCAGCACCAGAGGAUGAGCAACGGGGCCAUGAACGUGGAGAUCGGGAACCCCGCCUACAAGAUCUACGAGGGGGGGCCGGACGAGGACGCCGGGGAGCUGCUGGACGCCGACUUCACCCUUGACCCCGACAAGCCCACCAACUUCACCAACCCGGUCUACGCCACGCUGUACAUGGGCGCCCACAACAGCCGCAACUCCCUGGCGAGCACGGACGAGAAGAAGGAGCUGCUGUCGCGGGGGGACGAGGAGCCACUGGUGGACCCCUUGGCGUAGACGGGCCCCCGGGGGCCACAUGGUCCCAACACACCCCCAUUUUGCCUUUUAAAGAAAGAGAGAGAGAAAAAAAACAGCCGAGAGCAAAUCGACGAAAAAAAGUUUGAACACUGUAUAAAAUGUACAAAAUGAAGGACUACUUUUGUAUGUGAUUGCAGUAUUAUAUUUUGUUCUUUUCAGAUUCCUCUGGUCAAAAAAAAAAAAAUUAAUCACAUUUUUCUAUGACAGAUUUUUUCAUUUACAAGUAUCCCUUCUCCCCCGUACCUAAAUAGCCACUACCUCCUUGCAAAAAUGAAAUUGAAAUGAGAAAAUUUGAAAAAAGUAGUUGUCAUUGGAGCAAUUUUAAUUUUUUUAUUUUUAUAUGAAUUGUAUAAAAAAGAGUUGUUCCAUUUCACCAGUGCCAGCUGUUCGCGUUGACUGGGAGCCGAGAUGCUCCUUUAUACAUGGGUACCAAUCCUGUUGAAAACACUGUUGGUAGAGUGGAAGAGACAACUUUUACGAUGACUUAUCAGAGUUCUGCGUGGAGCACAUAUAAAAGAUACCAGAGGGCAACACCAUAGCACAGUAUUACCACACACUCUCCUCGAUCAACAUCGCACAAACCCUUGAAUACCGUAGAACCCAAGGCAGGUAAAUGUGUGCGUUUCAUCACCAAUCGGUGUGUUCAGAGCGUGUGCGCAGUGGGAGGGUGAGGGAGGCGUGUGUCGUGGGGGGGGGGGGGGGGGUGAGAAUCAUGGAAGGUUGCUUGUGAUUGGUCCGACAUGCCAUGGCGGUUGUCGGACGUGGGUGCAAAGAGAAUGGAUUUGCUCACCAAACGAGGCCGAGUGUGAACAGUGAUGAGCGGACUGUGAACGCUUUCUCAACAAGAAUAGAGAGACUACUAUCACCCCGCAGGGAUAGGCUCUGAUUGUUGGGCGUUUCCUCCCUGUGGUAAAGUCCAGUUUGCCUUUAGAAAUGUAAAGGGCCUGUUGUUCAGCAUAUUUUUUUCUAAAGAAUCAGGUCUCAAAUGCGUUACUUUUCCUUCAGCCGCUUACUUAGCUGUUGCUGUUUAUCUUUCCCCCCAACCCUCCCCGUGCUGCUGCUGCUGCUGCUGCUGCCACGCUCUGCCACUGACCCCAGACGCUGCUCCGGCCAGACGGUGGUUUGUCGUACCUUACUGCAUGUGGAACGCUCCAGCGAUCUCAUCAUAACCCCGAUAACACGUUCUUUAUACAACACAACAAGGCGUCAACAUGGGGUGUUUCUUUUAGUCUGAUGUGUCUGCUGCCUUCAUGUCUUCGAUUGAAAGUACAAUCAUUUUACCGCCGUGUUUGUUUUAAAUCAUACGACCAUUCGUGGGAUUGUUUUUGAUUAGCCUUUGUUUUUAAUUACAGAUGUCACAUAGCUUUUAUAGUACACAAUGCAUGGAAACGCAGACUUCUUCUGGAAAGAGAAUAAUGUUUUACUUUUUGCUGGAGUACUCUGCAAACUAAAUAAAAGGUAUUGUUAUAAAUAAAAUAAAAUGGAAAAACUGUA